UGAGAGCCGUUUGCCCCACCCCACCUCUUCAACGCUAUCUAUCUCAAUGUACAAUUCUGAGAGAAAAAAGGGGGCAAAAAUAAUUCAGAGUAACGCCGCAAAGAAACGAUUCUCGUCCCCUCCGCCGGUUCAGUGGAGCAGACGCGGCCUCUCGGUGGUUAAAAACAAACGUCUCGCCGUUGGAUCAGUGAUUGAAAACACCGCGGUAUGUUCAUGUAUCAUGCACAUGUAACCGUAAUCUACCAUACGGAUUCAAAGGGAAUACAAAAAGCUGAGGGACUUGACAGCGGGCUGUAACGUUACCUGCGCCAAACGGGGGAAAUAACGGAGGAAUUUCCACCAAUAUCACCUGGAUAUCGCGUUAUAUUCAAGGACAUCCAACUGCCAAACACCGCCUUCGCUCGCCCAGAGAAGCUUCCCGAUGUGAGGAGAAAUACAAAUUAACGUAACAGAGAGAAAAAGGACGGAGAAGGGGCCUUUUUGGGUCUGGGCAAACCCUCCGAAAAAGAAGCAAGCAACAUCAUCUGUUGACCGGGGGAGGAAAUACAUUUGACAUCGACUAAAAAGAGGAUAUUAUCGAUAACAACGACAACCCCUCCUUCCUAAAAACGGUGUAUAAUGUGACGGAUUUGUGAUAGAGAAAGAAGCCCCGGUGUAGCCUGAUGAUUCACAUGCCGUCAUUUUAAGAGGAAAUAUUUAUUUUUUAUUUUUUUCACCCGCUCUCUGCUUCAUGGUGGAAGGAUUGCUAACAUAUCGUAGCUAUUUAACCUAAAAUAUCUAUUUAAAGGUGGCAGAAAAGAAGAAAAAUAGGGCUUUGGUUGUGAGUGGAAAUGAAUUGAGAGGCAGUGUGAGAUAUCUGCCGAAGAUGGGCUCCGGAGGAGACAUUUGCUAAGAAAUUUAAGCAUAAAAGCGUGGAAAUAUAUACGUUUUAGAAAGCAGCCGUGUCGAUUUUAACGCCUGUAAGGAAAUAGGACCACCAUUCACGUACAUCGCAAGGCUGGUAAUCUCACAUCCACUCUCAUAUCAAUGUUGAUGACUUCAUUGCGGAUUUACAGUGAAAAACACAAGAACCAAGCGUCUGAGAGGGCGGCAUCGUUGCUCUGCUCCUUUCUGAGGGAUCUCUUGUUGAUAAAUCGCCAGUAAAUAGCCACAUCCAUCCUUACAUUCACGUCUCCAAAAGCCUGGUGGAGCCUGACAUUUUUGAAAAUCUGUGUCAGCUGCAUCUGGCAACAUAAAUGUCACCCAUUUUGAGCCAGGUGUUCCUCUGCUGGUCCAGUCUAGGAAUUUUGGAUUGAUUGAUUUUUUUUUUUCUUCUGAUCAACACCCUCCCUCCUUCCUCCUUCCCACCCUCCCUACACCCAGCCACCAAACAUCCACCCACCCACCUACCCUCCUUGCCUGCCUGCCUGCCUGCCUGCUUGCCUGCCUCCCCCCCUUGAACCUAUCACUGGGUUUUUGGGAAAAGAUGGGCUGUCUUGGCAAUAGUAAGACUGAAGACCAACGAAAUGAGGAGAAGGCACAGAGGGAAGCCAACAAAAAGAUAGAGAAGCAGCUCCAAAAAGACAAACAGAUAUACCGGGCCACUCACCGGCUACUACUAUUAGGGGCCGGUGAAUCCGGGAAAAGCACGAUAGUCAAGCAGAUGCGAAUAUUGCACGUAAAUGGCUUCAAUGCAGAGGAGAAAAAGCAGAAAAUCAAUGAUAUUAAAAACAACAUUAAAGAGGCUAUAGAGACGAUCGUGGCUGCGAUGGCGGUGCUCACACCACCAUGCCAGUUAGCCUGCCCUGCAAACCAAUGCCGAAUCGAUUAUGUCCUGAACCAAGUCAACCAGAAGGACUUUGAGUUUCCUUCAGAGUUUUACGACCAUUCAAAGAUCCUCUGGCAGGACGAGGGUGUGCGGGCCUGCUGGGAAAGAUCCAACGAAUAUCAGCUCAUCGACUGCGCACAGUAUUUCCUGGACAGGAUUGAUGUUGUCAGGCAGAGUGACUACACACCCACUGAUCAGGACCUGUUGAGAUGCAGAGUACUGACAUCUGGGAUCUUCGAGACAAGAUUUCAAAUAGACAAAGUCAAUUUCCAUAUGUUUGAUGUUGGAGGUCAGAGGGAUGAACGUCGGAAAUGGAUCCAGUGUUUCAACGAUGUGACAGCUAUCAUCUUUGUGGUGGCAAGUAGCAGCUACAACAUGGUGAUCAGAGAAGACAAUCAGACCAACAGACUACAGGAAGCCCUCAACCUUUUCAAGAACAUCUGGAACAACAGGUGGCUACGGACCAUAUCUGUAAUCCUCUUCCUGAACAAGCAGGACCUGCUCGCUGAGAAAGUUUUGGCAGGAAAAUCAAAAAUUGAGGAUUACUUCCCGGAGUUUGCUCGCUACACUACACCAGAUGAUGCAAUACCGGAGCCCGGCGAGGAUCCACGCGUCACAAGGGCAAAGUAUUUCAUCAGAGAUGAGUUUCUGAGGAUCAGCACAGCCAGCGGAGACGGACGACAUUACUGCUACCCCCACUUCACCUGCGCUGUUGACACAGAAAACAUCCGCCGCGUCUUCAAUGACUGUCGGGACAUCAUACAGAGGAUGCACCUACGGCAGUAUGAGCUCUUGUGAUGGGCAACGGCGUCUGGCCUACUUAUCUACCUACCAACCUACCUAUCUACGACCCCACGACCAGUUAGCCAAUCUACCCCUCCACUUUGACCCAAACUCCACCAAACAACCGAGAGAGUGACUGACAGACGGCCUGCCCUCCCUCCCCUCCAACCCAAUAGAACCUUUCGGAUUUCAAAGAGACACAACAAUGGGACAGCUUUCUUUUUUUUUAAAGGAAACACUUACUAAUACAACAUCAUCAUGUUUAGCCUGGACAAACUGCUGUAUUCAGCUACAUUUUGACCCAGGAUUAAGGGUCAGGACUGGAAUCCCUCAGUGCAGGCUUUCCCUCCUUUAAGCGAUCUUUGUCUCUCAGAUUUAUGAACACAAACACACUCGCAGGUACACACACACACUACACAUUAAGACAUUCAGAGCCCAUCGGUGGGUUUUAAUGUCUCAUAUCAAGCCACACACCAACACACAGACCCUUUUAACAUCUAAGUCCUGCUUUAAACAGAUGGCAGAGGCUGAGUUAAAUAAUGUAUUCUGAGAGAGAGUGGAGUUUAUUCACCACGUGCUGAAGAAGGAGCCGAAGGAGGAGGAGGAGAAGAAGAAAACGAUGGACACGGAGGGCGGCGAACUGAUACAGAGGAGGGCUGUGAGCCUUUUUGUGCCAGAACAGACAAACUAAUUGACUAACGGCUGCCUGUGGACGUGAGCGUGACUCGAACUUUACACCACGCAGCUCACAUAUCCUGCUCUUAAAACUAAUCGAGAAGGAAUGGCAGAAACCAACUUAAAAAAAUAGAAAAGGAAAAAAAAUAAGAAAAAUAUCAUACAAUGCAUAAAUUCAUGCAUACCAGUGAACUUCAUGCAGUGCAAAAAAUCCAAGCUAUAUAUAUAGAUAUUUAUAUAUGUGUGUAUAUAAAUAUGUAUAUAUAUAAAUAUAAAUAUUAUAUAUUCCUGUAAUAACACGAUUCAACUUCUACGUUUUUGUUAGUUUUUACCCCAUGUUGUGUGUCGGUGUACACUGUGUGUGUGAUCUGCCUUUGUGCACCAUUUAAACCCCGCUACCUACACACACAAACACAUAUUUACACAAACGCAUACAUCUUUGCGCCCCCUGCCCCUGCUGCUAUUUGAAAUCUAUUCAACAUAUGGGAAAUAAAGAAGAGGCUUUAUUUAAUGAGGAAAAAUAUCAACACAAAAGGAAAGCAUGAAGUGAAAGAAAUGACAUUAUCAAGACUGGAUGCAACAUUUUACCUUGGAAUACCCACACUGACACGUACAUACACGCUCAAGCCCUCAUCAGCCCCCGACGUCCUUCCCAUCCAUAACUUUCGUCUUACUCUCUCACCUCUCCCAGUCCCACGUUCCUCCCCUCCUCCAGGCUUUAAGUACGUCUGUCUUUAUUUUACUGCUGGACUAUUAUUCUUGUACAGACUGUAAAAUGUAUUAUUUUGUACAACUUUAUUGAAGAAAAAAAUAACUUGUAGAAGAUCCCUGUGCCUUGAUCACGACUGUACGUGUAAAAAUGAGCUAAUAUGUAAGUUAUGUUUCACUGCGCUGUACAGCUGGACGGGUCUGUCCCACCUCGUCCGUGCUAGCUCGUCCCCCCUGCAGGAUGGAGGCUGGGGGGGAAGGGCAUCGGAUCGGGGCGGAGGCCUUUUGUCUGUUGCUUAGUCCCCCCCCCCCCCCCCCCCCCCACAUUUGUUUGUUCGUUGAUUCAUUUGUUUUGCUUUGACUCUCCUCUGAUUCUGAUUUAUAUAAUAGGAUUUGAAAAAAAUGAAGAAAAAAAAGAUAAUCAGACACACCACCUUAAUGAUGUGUAGUGAAAGAUACUGAACCCUAACACGAUUUAAUAUAUAUAAAAUAUAUUUCAGAUUUUAUAUUUUAUAUAUAUGUACUGUACACUUAUAUCUAUGUCCCCUAUGUGAGCUGUCCCCCAGGUUUCCUUUGCCUUUUGUCAGUAACAUCUGCAUACAUUUCAGGAAGGUGGCGAUUCUGGGAGCAACGGGAUGGGUAUACAUUUCCUUAUUUUUUAUUUUUAGCUUUAACUCUUUUGAAGGAGACGGGAAUAUCCAGUUGCAAAACAUUGCUUGUUUCUACAUAAACCAAAUUCUUUUUGCUUAAAGAAGAAGAAACAGUU